UACAGGAUUCUUUCUACCAGACAUCUAUAUGAUAUCCAAAACACUUCGACUCUCUAUUCUUCUAACCGGCUAUGCUUCGACAAGACAAAUUCUUUUAGUCUUUUAUGAAUCAUUUGUUUCUUCCCAUGCGAUAGAUUCUGGUAUAUUCGCUGUGAAUAGAUUAACAAAAGUUUGUAUUUUUUUAAUAGAUGAUGUUUGUCACGUUUUUAUUUUGUAGUCAAAGAAACCUGCUGGUUUGUGGUCGGCUACGCAUGCUCACGCUGUGCUACACACAGUUAUUUCAGUACUUAAAAAAAUCAUCCAAAUAAAUGAAUGGUAUUCCGGUGCUCAGCGAGACCUCUUUUCCUACUGGGCCUAUUUCCAACAAAGGUUUUCAAAACGUGUCCAAUGAGAAGGGUUUCUUUAAGCACACCUCGUAUAUUGAGCUCCCAUCCCGCUGUUUCGACUUCGGCUUUCGUCCCUCAUCAUGGUUCUUCCUAUUAGACUUGGGCAAUCGGCCCAAUUUGUUUUCUAACAGUUUUUAUUGAUGGAGGUUUGUCUGUAUUUAAUGUCGUAAUGGAAUUCGAAAUCGCUAGUUUUCGCGGAAUACCGAUUGUGUUAGUCAGACAUGUGUUAGUUAAAAUGCAGAUUCGAAGAGCGUUUUGAACAUCGCCCGCUGGGCCACUUUUCAUCCUAUCUAUAGCAAGAUGAAUUUUUUAGAAACAUCGCUCCACGGUAGAAUUAAGAAGGAAUUCUUGAUGCCAUGCAAGUGUCUUGUAGCGUAAUUCAUGGAAACAGCUUGAUAGGCUGUUUGAAAUUCAAGAACAAAAUUAAAAAUCGACGGGAGCCUAGGACUUGGUAGAUUAGAUAGCUUGCUACUCAGGAUGUAUUGGAUUCGCCUCGACCAAAAAAGGAGUCUGUCUGUGAGCUCAAACUGUGUUGGUUCGUUGAAGGCCACCGAGUAAACUGUCUUCUCAAACUAUCUGGUAGAGAAGUGGGAUGGAUGCAAUGGGAACGUUUUCGGUGUAACAUUGAUUGCGAUAAAGAUCCAGAUAACUGCAUCAGUGAGAAGCUAUUCAUGGCUAUGGCAGAUCACAUGGCUAAUGAUGGCUACAAAGAUGCUGGUUAUCAAUAUGUAUCCAUCGAUGACUGCUGGGCAUCCCAUAACCGUACAUCUGAUGGGCAGCUGCAGCCAGACCCCAAAAGGUUCCCUAAUGGAAUUCCUGCUCUAGCGAAUUAUAUUCAUUCUAAGGGAUUAAAGUUUGGCAUUUAUGCAGAUUAUGGGACUCUGACCUGUGGUGGUUAUCCUGGAUCUAUCAAGCACAUUCAACAGGAUAUGAACACAUUUGCCAACUGGACAGUUGAUUACCUUAAGCUUGAUGGUUGCUAUGCCGAUCCUACCACAUUUGACACAGGGUACCCAAAAGUUACAAAGGCAUUAAAUGACACAGGAAGACCAAUAGUGUUUUCUUGUAGCUGGCCAGCCUAUUUGGUUGGUAAAGGAUUGGAGCCAGACUACCAGUUAAUAGCAAAGUACUGUAACCUAUGGCGAAACUAUGGUGACAUUCAGGAUUCAUGGGAUAGUGUUACAAGUAUUAUAGAUUACUAUGCUAAAAAGCAAGAUGUUCUUAUCCCAGCAGCAGGACCUGGACAUUGGAAUGACCCAGAUGAGCUGAUCAUUGGAGACUUUGGUUUGAGUGAAGAUGAAUCCAAAGCACAGUUUGCCAUCUGGGCCAUCAUGGCUUCUCCCUUGAUCAUCUCAGCUGAUCUACGGACUAUUGCAUCCUGGGCUAAAGAAAUCCUACUUAACAGGGAAGUUAUUGCUGUUAAUCAAGACAAACUGGGCAUCCAAGGAAGACAGCUGACUAAGAGUAAUAAUGAAGAAAUCUGGGCCAAGAAGCUGUCUGACGGCACUGUUGCUGUCGUGUUGUUCAGUCGCCGUACUGAUCAGCCUGUUGAUAUGGAAGCACCGUUCAAACUGGUUGGUAUUCAGUCUUCUAAAGCCAGUGUACGAGACCUUUACCUUCAUGAAGAUCUUGGUGUGUUUGAGAAUUCCUUCAGUGCUAAAGUCAACCCCAGUGGGGUAGUGAUGGUCAAAAUGACACCGGUAUCAUAAAGAGCAACGAUAGCAUCAGUAAUUAUUCCUUAAAUUACGAAGCCGCUACAUAUUUGUUGAUAAAUCAGAAUACAUCAAAUUGGAAUAUUAUAAAACAUGAAUGUCAUAACAUAAAACCAAUAAAAAACUGAAAUUUAAUUGCUAAA